AGGAGGAGGGUGAGCAAAGGAGGGAGAGGCUGGGAGGGGCGCAUCCUCGGGAGACGGAGACACCCCCUCUUCUCCAUCCAUCCUUCCUUCCAUCCCUCCUUUUGCCUUUCCACACUACAUCGCCCGCCGCUCCUCCCUUUUUCUCCCCCGUGGAAACCGCUGGAGGACCUCGCCUCCCCCUCCCCGCCCACUGCAAGGCGUGGAAGAAGAAGAGGAGGAGGAGGAGGAGGAGGAGGAAGGCCGAGUUUGGGAGGGAGGAAGGGGGGGACCGGGUCCGGAGGGUCCCCCCCGAAGAGGACGAGGCGCUGAGCGGCUCCCACCCGUGGCAGUGCAGCCAGUGAUGGUGCCCAGCACCCCUGACGAUGCCCCAGAGCCCCGAAACAAGCGCGGAGGAGGAGGAGCACCUCUCCCAGUGCCCCGAGGGGGAGUCGGGCUCGGAGAGCUCCCACGAGGGGCCCAGCCCUCCGGCCAGCCCCGCUAACCCUACCCACAGUCACCCCAUGACAGUACCUGAAGACGCGCACUUCAGUAUGAUGGUCUUCCGAAUUGGUAUUCCUGACCUGCACCAAACGAAAUGCCUGCGUUUCAACCCUGAUGCAGCCAUUUGGGUGGCAAAGCAACAAAUUCUUUGCACCCUCAAUGAAAGCCUCAAGGAUGUGCUCAACUAUGGGCUCUUCCAGCCGGCCACCAAUGGACGGGAUGCCAAAUUCCUGGAUGAAGAGCGCCUCUUGCGUGAAUAUCCACAAAGUUUUGAGAAGGGAGUGCCCUACUUGGAGUUCCGUUACAAGACUCGGGUUUACAAGCAGACCAACUUGGAUGAGAAGCAGUUGGCGAAACUCCACACUAAGGACUGUCACUGGCAAAUCUUUCCCCAGACGGGGUUGAAGAAGUUCCUGGAAUAUGUCCAACAUGGAGCAGCUGAGAAAGUGGCACGACUCCUGGACAAAGGGCUGGACCCCAACUAUCAUGAUUCUGACACUGGUGAGACGCCUUUGACAUUAGCAGCCCAGUUGGAUGGGACGAUUGACGUGAUCCGGCUGCUGUGCCUUGGUGGAGCUCACAUAGACUUCCGUGCAAGGGAUGGAGCCACAGCAUUGCACAAAGCCGUGUGUUCUCACCAUUAUUCAGCCCUGAUGGCACUCUUGGACUUGGGGGGCUCCCCCAAUUACAAGGAUCGCCGUGGGCUGACUCCACUAUACCACACUGCCAUGGUUGGAGGUGACCCGCGCUGCUGUGAGCUUCUGCUCUACAAUCGGGCUCACAUUGGAACUAUUGAUGAGAAUGGCUGGCAGGAGAUACACCAGGCCUGCCAACAUGGACACUCCCAGCACUUGGAACAUUUGCUUUUCUAUGGCGCUGAGCCAGGUGCACAGAAUGCCUCUGGGAAUACAGCACUACACAUCUGUGCACUCUACAACAAGGAGAGCUGUGCUCGUAUCCUGCUAUACCGGGGAGCUAACAAAGAGAUCAAGAACAACCACGGGCAGACUGCUUUUCAGGUGGCGGUCAUUGCAGGAAACUUUGAACUGGGAGAGCUGAUCAAGAGCCACCGAGAUUCAGAUGUGGUCCCUUUCCAGGAGACCCCACAAUAUGCCAGCCGACGCCGAGAUGGCUCCCAGGGCCUAACGGUGCCCCAUACCUUGCUGAGAGCUAACAGUGACACCAGCAUGAAUCUCCCAGACUGGAUGCUUUAUGCCCCUCCUUCCACCCCAUCUACCACUGUGGCUGUACAGGGACAGAAGAUCACCACAGGAACCUUGCGCAGUUCCAGCAGUCCCCGUGGUGCUCGUAGCCGUUCUCCGUCACGUGGGCGCCACACGGAUGAAGCAAAAAAGCAGCGUGGCCGCCCCAGUUCCAGUGGAUAUCAGAAGGAGUCUGCUGGAGGGAGCACGCUGAGCAGCCGGGGCGUGAAGCGGAAACUCUAUUCAGCUGUGCCUGGCCGCACAUUCAUGGCUGUGAAACCCUACCAGUCCCAGGCCGAGGGUGAGCUCUCCAUCAGCAAGGGCGAGAAGAUCAAGGUGCUGAGUGUUGGAGAAGGCGGCUUUUGGGAAGGACAGGUCAAAGGUCGUGUGGGCUGGUUCCCCUCAGAAUGUGUCGAGGAAGUGCCCAACAAGUCACAGGAAGGGAAGCAAGAGAGCCGUAGCGACAAAGCUAAGCGACUCUUCAGGCACUAUACAGUGGGCUCCUAUGACAGUUUCGAUGCCCCUAGUGACUACAUCAUUAAAGAGAAGACGGUGCUGCUGCAGAAGAAGGACAAUGAAGGCUUUGGCUUUGUGCUAAGAGGGGCCAAGGCGCAGACCCCAAUUGAGGAGUUCACACCCACCCCUGCUUUUCCCGCUCUGCAAUAUUUGGAAUCAGUGGAUGAAGGUGGCGUGGCCUGGCGUGCUGGUCUACGCAUGGGGGAUUUCCUCAUUGAGGUAAAUGGACAGAAUGUGGUGAAGGUUGGUCAUCGACAAGUUGUCAACAUGAUCCGGCAAGGUGGCAAUAACUUGAUGGUGAAGGUUGUGAUGGUCACACGGAACCCAGAAAUGGAGGAAGCUAUGAGGAAGAAAGCUGCUGCACCACAGCAGGCAAGACGCCUGCCGCCUCCAGCCAUCUCCUUGCGUUCAAAAUCGAUGACUUCUGAAUUGGAAGAAAUGGAUUAUGAGCCAGCGAUGGGCACUGAUAAGAAGCGGACUGUCUAUCAGAUGGCUUUGAACAAAUUGGAUGAGAUCCUGGCAGCAGCUCAACAAACAAUCAGCGUUGGUGACAGUGGAGGGCUUCCUUCCUUGGGAAAAUCCCGGGGCACCGCCAAGAACUAUUUCUCUGCUGAGCCCAGUUUUGAACAGCACCGUCUUAGUCAAACCAGCUAUGAGCGCCCAUCAUACUUGCCAACCAGUCAUCCGCCAGGCAUGAUGCUCCGUCAGAAAUCUAUUGGAACUGCUGAAGAUGAUAAGCCCUACCUCGCUCCCCCUGGCAUGAAGUUUAGCCGCAGCCUUUCAGUCCCUGGUUCUGAUGACAUCCCACCUCCUCCAACCACUUCCCCACCUGACCCUCCCUACAGCAGUACCUCACCCUCUGCUUCCGGACGUGUUACUCCCUCAGCCCGCUCGACCUUCAACCCUAGCACCGAGGCCAAGUUGUAUUCAGCUUCGCUACAUCAAGAACCACCCUAUGAGCCGCCACCCCGCAUCCGCGACAAGAUGUCUCUUUACCGCCAAGAGUCUGAGCAGGGAGCAGAAGGGGCAACUGCCCGUGGCUGGCGAGGCCAUACCCCUGACCUCCGUUACUACAACCUGCCCCCGCGAGCAACCAACACCGCCAUGUACGUCCCCACUAAGCCCAUGCGCCGCAAGGGGCCUUUGGUCAAGCAGACCAAAGUGGAGGAUGAGCAACGGCAACAGCAGCAACAGGGCAGUACACCCCCCUCGCCCAUGCAGCCAUCCUCCUUGCAGCCCCCAUCAUCUGCGCCACCUGAGAAGAGCUCUAUCCCAAUCCCCACUAUCAUCAUUAAAGCUCCGUCUACCAGCAGCAGCGGGCGCAGCAGUCAAGGAAGCAGCAUGGAGGCGGAGAGCCAGCCAGAGCCAGUAGUGCCUGUCCCCUCCCUCCAACUCCACAAUAGCAUGGAUUUCACCAGUCAAUUCGGCGCAGCCCUGGUUGGUGCUGCCCGCCGGGACCGCGAAUGGUACAGUGAGGCUCGCCGCAAGUCUGCCCUCUUCCUCUCCACUGAGCAGCCUGAUGAUGACUCCCAGCAGACCCCCAUGCCUCGUCUUCGCCACUCCAAAUCCAUUGAUGAAGGCAUGUUCUCUAGCGAGCCAUACAUCCAGCUAAACAUGGCUCCCAGCUUUGGGGGCAGCACUGGUAUUGGUAGCAGCUCUGCUUACCUUCAGUCUCGUGCCGCUAAAACAUAUGGAGCCAGCACCACCAGCGCCUUCACCUCUGUGUGCUCCAGCUUCCUGCCGCACUUCCAGCCCCAUUCGACUCCUCUCAUUCACCCCCUGACAGGCAAGAUUUUAGAUCCCGGAUCCCCUUUGGGGCUGGCGUUAGUGGCUCGUGAGCGGGCCUUGAAAGAGUCUCAGUCCCAUCAGGAAAGCCGAGAAGAUAGGCACUCGCGUCCGUGCUCACCCCGGUUUGGAGAGUCACCAAAGACUCCUGAAUCUCCUGGCAGCUCUAUCUUGCGUCUCUGGGGGACAUCAGAACAACAGCAGCAUCACCACCUCCAUCAACGUCCAGCAUCACCCCGGAAAGAACCAGAGAGCCCCCGACGUCAUUUGCCUGAACAGCAGCAGCCACCCCCACCACCAGCCUCAGCCAAAGCUGCGCCCUGGGAGAAACGGCCUGAAGAAGGGGAGAAGCUGGAACUUCAUGUGCGUUUUAUGGAGAACUGUCGCCCAACAGAGGAGGAAGAGGAAGAGCAGGAAGGAAGCCGUGAGAGUGGAAAGGUGGAGGUUGCUGCUGCACCAAUGGAGCGGGUGGCCGAAGCAAACGGACUCCCGCUACUGGUCUUGCCUCCACCAGCCCCUUCCAUUGACGUUGAUGAUGAAUUUGUCUUCACUGAGCCACUUCCGCCCCCCCUUGAGUUCUCGAAUAGCUUUGAUAAACCCGAGUCUCCACCUAAAGGGGCAAACGAGUUGCCCACAGCAGUAGCCCCUCCAGCUGCUCCCCCGGCCCCUACCACCUUAGAUUCCACCGCUUCCAGCUUAACAUCCUAUGACAGUGAGGUGGCUACCCUGACCCAGUCUGGGACCUCUGAAACCAAGGAGGCCCCUCAUGUUAACUUUUCUUCUGUUGUCUCAUCAAUUGCCAUCCCUGCAGCGGAGGCUUCAGAAGCCGUGACGGACUCGGGGAUCGAGGAGGUAGAUAGCCGAAGCAGUAGCGACCAUCAUUUGGAGACCAUCAGUAGUGUAUCUACAUUGUCCAGCAUGUCUGGGGAAGGCACAGAGCUCUUGGACACCUACAUCACCUAUUUGGAUGGACAAGCCUUUGGGGGAAGUAGCAGCGCAGGAGGCGGAGGAGGAGGAACUGGCAGUGGUGGUAGUGGCAGCAGCACCACAGACAAGAGCCCAUUGCAGACAAAGCUGCGCUCCCGGCCCUUCCCAGGCCGCUUGCCAGUGGCCACCCCCACUAGCUCUACCAUCUCAGUUUCCGCAUGUACAGAGAACAUGUUUGCCCUCACGCCUGCCCCACCCUACCACCAGCAGCCAGCAGCCCCUGAGCCAGGCAAAGAGCUGCCACAGAAAUCUCCGCUGCCCUGGGAGGAGCCUAAGGCCUCCCCCUUGUCCACCAUGAAGGCCAGCAUCAUCAGCGAGUUGAGCACCAAGCUGCAGCAGAUGGGCGGGGUGUCGUGGUCACGGCCACCAGAUGCGGUGGCCCCCUUCGGCUCUGAGAGGCCCAGUUCCCUACAGAGGCAAAGGCUCCCUGAUGAGACAUCCCCAUCACUGAUCUCCUCCAAGCCUGUAAGCAGCCUUUUCCACAACUGGCCCAAGUCCCCCCAGGGCAAGCAUCCCAAAAGCGUGGAGUUUGAUAUUCGCCCAGCCCUGCGGCGCGCCCCCAGCCCAGCCGCCCUGCCCAGUGAGCACAAGAUCAGCCCCACUCCAAGGCCUUCUUCCCUUCCCAUCCUGCCUUCUGUGCCCAUAUACACUGGCGUAUUUGAUCUCCGUGGUUCUCCCACCUCUGGGGGUGAGCACCCUUUCCCGGGUUUCCCUUCCGGCAGCCGUUCCUUGUCUCCUACCCACUUCUUGCCGCCAGCCACGGACAAGCCCUUUGGCUCCAAGCCGCUGCCUUUCUGGACCAAAUACGAUGUGGCCGACUGGCUAGAUUACCUGAAGCUGGGGGAGCACCGCGACCGGUUCCUGGACAACGAAAUCGAUGGCUCUCAUCUACCGUCCCUCACCAAGGAAGAUUUCAUUGACCUGGGUGUGACACGAGUUGGGCAUCGCAUGAACAUCUCCCGUGCCCUCAAGUUCUUUCUGGAGAGGUGAUGGGGGAAACCGCCCUGCCCCAGGGAGCCUCUCGCCUGAAUGUACAAUGGAUCUCCACCACUGGGGAGAACAAAUGAGGUGGAGGGGUCACAGCUGUGGGGCUGGGCGCAGGGGAAGCUGCAACGAGAGACCCUGUGGGUCAGGGUAGGGUGGGGAUCCCCCCCUGGCAGAGAGAUACUCUGAGAAGCUCACCAAAGCCUGCCUGGGCACCCUUAUGGGGGUGUGCACUUUCCUCUUUUGCGUUGCCAUGUAGCAGUUUGCCCAUUCCAUUCAUCCAACCAGAUGCCGCUGACACUAGCGCCUGAACACUUGAUGUGUGUAACCACUUCCCAAGCUAUAUAUACACCUACGCACAGAUGUAUAUACACACACAAAUGUUUCUGUGUGUGCAUGUAUUAUCUCUACCUAUUUCCAUAUACUAAUGUGUCAUUCUCCAUUGGCAUAUCAGCUUGCUUCAACAACCUUGCAGCUCAUUUAGGUCAUCCAACUGUACAGCAACUUAUAUCUGCAUAUCUAUGCCACCCACCAUCUUGCUGAUUGCACUUCCUUUGCAGCUGCUGUUUGCCCAUCAUUGUAAAAGCUUGCCUGCUGCAUUUUCACAAUUACUGGGGUUGUUAAGUACUCUGCCUUUCAAAGAAAGAAAGAAAUUGACUUCCUUUCAGAAGGGUUGCAUUGGCAUAUAUUUCUUUACUUUGCAAAAUGAAUUCUAUUUUAGCUCAUGUUAGGGAGGGCAUGAAUCCUAUUUUCCCCAGCUCAUCAUAAAUCUCAGUGAGAUACUCCUACUUCCAACCUUUGAAGAGUUUAUUAGACAUUGUCUACACUCAUCCAAGCUUGCCUCAAAGCCAUAAGUCAGAACCUUUCUCCUUGAAAAUGGAAACAACCCUUUGGGAUGCAGUGGAGCUUAUGUAGAGUGCAUCCACAGCUAUAGCUCCCAUCCUGAGUAUAUUACUAGCUCACAUUACUAUCUGCCUUGUCCAAUAGUUUACCUUUUGAUGCUCCAAUCGAGGGUAAUUUAAUGUAGCAGGAAAUCAUGCGGUGCUGCUGCUGAGCUCUAAAGCAGUGACAAUGCUCUUGGGUAGAUGGCUUACUGGGUUUGCAGCUCACAAAUCAAGGGUAGCAAUGAAAAACACCUCAUCUGUUACUUGAGUGGUGUGCCCACACUUCUUAACCAUUACCUGGAUUGCAUAUCAAGGAAUAUUCUGAAAGGUCAGGAUCCCUUGGUGUAGAAUUAGGCCAGCAUGAGCAACCCAGAUCUGUGUGAUGAUGGCACAGGCCAUACCCUGUAUCUUCAUGCUAUUUCAGCAUUCUUGGACCAGCCACAAGGAAACAUCAACGAUAGGAUAGAGGGGUAGACAAAGCCUCUCCAAAGUGACCUGGACUGUGCUUUAUGACUAUUUGAGUGGGUUGAGAAUUGGUUAGCUGUGGCUUUUAUUGCAGAAGCAAUAGAUUGAUACGCUAGUGAAGCCACAGAAAAUUUGGUGACCUGGAAUUGAGGGGACUUCCAGAUGGUGAGCUUCUGGCAAUGUUGAUGGACAUAGGAAGUCACCAAAUCAGAAUAUUGCUCUGUAUAGACGGCUAUUAUUAACUGGCUCGUAGCAGUGGCUUACCAAGGUAACUUCCAAGUUCCACCUGGAGACCCCUGGCAUUCCCUUGGUGAACAAGCCAAACCUGCUUAACAUCAGGUUGUGUGCAUUUAGGGUAAGGUAUUCCAUCUUUUUCUCAUUUUUUUCUAACAAAGAAAGUGGUGGGAAAGUACAGGUGGAUUGUAAAUGGAUAACUGGACAUACAGUAUGAUCCUCAUAUCCACAGAACUGAAUUAUGUGGUUUCACUUAGGGUCUCCUUACAAGCUAUGCCCUUUACUCAAUACUUCAAUUGUUCAUCACAUUGACAAAAUUAAGGGUUUGCUAUUUUGUUUAAUGUUUCUACAUUAGUCCAGGAAUGUGUCUUCCAUGGAUUGGGGGUGGGGGGGGGGGGUGCACGGGUAAUACUCUAUAUUUAAAAAAAAAUCACAACAAAACAGUGCAAUUGCCCAAUAGAAGAUUUCAUGUGAGUGUCUUACUAGUUUAGCAGGGAUUCCUCUAGAACAGUGCCUGUUUAUCUGAACCAGUGUGCUCUGACUUGUGCAAACCAAUCUUUGCAGUGUUGGUGAAUGGCUUUAUACUGCAGUUGAGCAGAGGAUAUUGUGUUGGUUCAUGCAACAUUGGGUAUGCUUUGAGAAGAACCCACCAGUGGCUUUUCAGCCUAGUUGCAUAGGGAAUGGGACAUUGUAUACUGUACUGGCUUGGGGCUGAUGGGCUCAAUAGCCAGACACAACUCAACACCAAAUUGUUUGUAUUUGGAAUACUAUGUUCUGUACGAAGCCGCAGUAUAAUAAUUGGUUACAGUUCAGGUAGAUAUAACUCCUGUAAAAGGAAUCCAAUAUGUAAUCCAUACAGCAGCAGCCUUAGAUGAAUGCAAUUUAUUUUUACUUAGCUUGGCCAAAUGUAGUUUUCCACAGAGAAAACCAUAUCUUUGAUUUGAAGUAGAAACUUUUGGGUUGCACUAAAUUGAGGAACGGACACUGUGCCCAAUGUCCAUACACUGCCAAAGGAAAUCACUCCGUCCUCUUCCAGUUUUCCAGAGUAUACACAACCCUGACUUCAACCGUCUGUUUUGGUCUACAUACAUAUACAUUGGUGCCAUAAUGCUUUCGCUUGCGGCUUGCAUACUCAGGGUCAGCCUUCAUCUUGUUUUCAUGCCAGAGCCAUCUUCAUAUAUGCAUGUUUCACGUAUUUCUGCACUUCCAGAAUGGAGAGAUCUCCAUACGAGCAUUUCCUCUGCAAAGUUGGGAAAUCUCUGUGUCCUUCUGCCAGAGGGGUAUCUGUGGCCAGCAAGCAUUUCAGCUCCGGAUAGGUAGAUGCUAUAGGAGCUGGAAAGAAAGGGGGCAGAAAGAAAAGGCAUGGGCAGGUGCUCCCACUCCAUGUCUCCCUGCUGUCUCCUUCAGCGUCAUCCCAUGCUCCCACUGCCCCGAAUUCCCAGGGAGAGGGGGUCUUGGAUACUGACCAUAUCUGUGCUAUGGAUGGAGCGUCUGUCCCCCUUCUCUUCAAUGCUCAGCUGCCAAAGAAACAAAAAGAGCCCAGCAUAUAAGGGGGUGCUGCCUAGCGUGUCCUCCCCAUUGCAGCCAUUUGGACGCCAGGACCCAAUGGGCGGACUCCUUUUUUUUCAGGACACAGGCUGAGGGGGAGGGAGGCUCUUGCCGCUGCUCAUUGCUGGGAUCCUCAGAGUGAUGCUCCGUCCAAUGGGAGGGGAAGGGGGGAAAUCCCUUGACCCCUUUCCUUCCCAAUCUCCACAUCAGGGAUUACGAGCUGUGGGGAAGUGUGUGGGGACUCGUACUAUGACUGUAGGCCUGUGGCUGGCCCCAUUUUACCACCUCACCAGUGCUGUGACUCUUUAGAUCUACAGCUAGCCACCGCCAGCCCACCAUGACUGUGCCAUGCAGCCAACCCCACUCUCGCGCCUCUGAAACCGUAGUUCUGUGCCAUAUACAGCUAAGUCUCCACCUCCCAUGACCAUGUGGCGUAACGCGCUGCACCUUUUUUCCCCCCUCUUCUUUAUUUUUGUAGAGCCACAUCACAUUUCUUUUCUAUGUGGCUCUGGUCACCCACGUGCCCACGCUCCAUGACGUUGGGUAACCUUAUUCAUCUGACACCUGUCAAGACCAGCAAUGUACCCUUUCCCUUCAUGACCAUAUGAUUAACCCAGGCAUGCAAAAAAAAGAGAAAACAAACAAAACUUUAAAAAAAGAAACCCAACUGGUGACAGGCCCCAGGCAAAUAAAAUGUUUACGUGGGCAGCCAGGAUAUUUUCAGAACCUUAAAAUUUCAGCUUCGCUUUUAUUAAAACAAGGAUAAUCUCUAGCCCUUGUGGUUGGGAAAUGCAGGGCGGGGGUGAUUCACAAAAGACAGUCAAGACCGCAAGUGUUAACGGCUUACAAGGCAGAAUUCUUGGGGUGGCCAUUUUCCCAGCAAGCACAUUAGCAUCCCUAGCCCAGCUUUUAAAAAUACAGGAUUUGAGAAAUCCAUGCUGGCAACAUCUUUUGAGAGGGGAUGUCAUGGCUACUUGCAGCCAAAGUAAGAGGCACAGGCACUGGAUUCAGAAGACCUCGGGUUAAUUUGUAGGCAGUUGGCAGAAAUCACUACAAGAAAAAGGCAAGGUAGCACUAGUCUGUAGAGAGAUGGGGCCAGCAGUGAUUUGAUUGAGAAGGCUAAGGCACAAAGAGCAAAAGGACUAAGGACUUAAGCAGUGUUUCUCAACCUAUGGGUUCCCAGAUGGUUUGGCCUUCAACUCCCAGAAAACCUAACAGCUGGUAAACUACCUGGGAUUUCUGGGAGUUGUAGGCCAAAACACCUGGGGACUCACAGGUUGAGAACCACUGGACUAAAGAGAUAUGAGUGAUGAAGAGUUUGGUCCUUGCACAGAAACAGUACCCAGGUGCUGUUGGGGCAAGUGGGCUAUCGGUUGUGUUGAGUUGGGAGUUGAUUGUGUUGAGUUGGGAGUCACACAUCUUCACCCAAUUUGCAUGGCUGGGUUAACCCUUCUAGUGCCCUGGCUCUGUGCCAUGUGGCUCUGUGUGCCUCCCUCUCAGGAUGCCUCUUGCCACGUCACUCUUGUCAUCCUGUGUACCCACGCCUCCUGUGGUGCCCCUUCUCCAUUGCUGCCACAACCUGACUGGCCACAUGGCUAUUCCCAUUGUGCCUCCAAAGCCACAACUCCAUACCCAUGUGGCGUCGCUCUGACCCAUCUCCAGAUGUGGCUGCUCUCUGCUCCUUCACAUCACAGCAGCCACCAAAUGCCACAUCCUAGUGCCACAUGGUGAAAACUCCGUCCCCUCCUUACUGUGUGGCUAGUGACAUGUGCCGCUGACACUGCACCUCAGUGCUGCUGGUUGGGCAGCCAUAUUUUUUCUUUCUUUCUUUUUAAAGAAAAGGGCUCUUGUCUCGUCAGACUGGCCGCACAGGCCCCUCCCAUCCACAGGCCCCAAGGAGGGAGCAAAAAGAAACUAACAAACUUUAGAAUGUCUUCCAAAAUGAUGAUGAUAAUGCGGGGAGGUGGGAAAGAUGGUCUCCUCUCCAAUUUUAGGCAGGGGAGGGGGUCUAUGCUGCUGUUCUCGACUCCUCACUCAGGCAGCCCCAUAGAUUCAUGUUCCAGCUCUGAGGAAAAGGACAUAACGGGGUGUAUGAAAAGGAAAGGAUCUGGGAGCCAGGUCUCUUGCGGGGCUGGGGAAUUUAUAGUGAUGGGGGAAGUAUCCAGGUCUAAUGGAUUCUUGAACAGAAAACUAACAGUCCAAUGAUCUCACAAAGAAAUAAUGUCUGUAGGGUGGAACAGAAAGACUAACGAAUGUAUGGGACUCAUGAAAUUAGGCAGGAUAGAAGUUGGAAAUUCAAGAAUAGCAGCAGCAAAUGCAUGGUCAAAUUUUGGGACACCAUCCCCAGACGUGUCGUUUGUGGGGGUUCUCUUGUCUCAGACCAACCAAGUCAUCAUUUUCUUAUUCUGAGGAGACCCCAGCUUUGAUAUUGUAAGAAAUUGUGGGUUGUAUGGAGAAAAGGGAAGAUGCUGCACCAGGUACAGCUUACCUCUUGAUGCAUGAUAGUGUAGGCAUGGGCAGCUUGUGUCCCUCCAGAUCAGUCAUUCUCAACCUGUGGUUCCCCAGAUGUUUUGGCCUUCAAUUCCCAAAAAUCCUGACAGCUGGUAAACUGGCUGGGAUUUCUGGGAGUUGUAGGCCGAAACACAUGGGGACCCACAGGUUGAGAACCUCUGCUCCAGAUGUUGUUGAACUGAGGUCUCCACCAAGCUUGGCCAAGGAUAAAGAAGGACCGCAAGAUGAUCACUUAUCAUGGACUGGCACCUUUAAGAAGCAUUUGUCCAUUAGUUAUACUACUGUUAUUUAUGGAUUUUCUAGUUUGAAUGAUGGAGAGAUUUUUCCUGGGCCUGUCCCAUUGCUUGAAAGCUGGAGACAAGACUACAGGACCUAGGGUGGGUUGGAACAUGUGAAGGGAUGUGGCUCUUCAGCUUUCUAGAAAGGCUGAUAUUUUUUUAAAGUCAAAAUGGAGGUGAGGGUAUUGCUACUAGUUCAGAUUGUACACCCCAUAUUUGGGGAAGAGAGUGGGAUUGUUGCCUUAGAUGAAAGAGAACAGGAAGCUACACAGGGACACCUGUGUUCUCCAAAAAGAUAUAAUUUGGCUCAGUGGUUUAAUGUGUGCAGGAAUUUGGAAAGGCGGGGGGGGGGGGGGGGUAAGAUUCCUGCGUUGUUCUCCAAACAGGAAUGAGAAAAGUUGCAACUGAGUUUGUCUACAGGUGGACUGGUCCUGGAAGGGUUGAGAACUGCAGCAUUGGAUCCUCUUGCCUUAAAUGUACUGAAAUGAAGUAUGUAAUGUUGA